AAAUGUGCCAGUAUUAGUCUAUAAAGUAUUUUCUUAAGUUGAGAAUGUAAUUGUAGGUAAGCACAAUAGCUCCAUGUGCCUGGGGCAGCUCGUUCUGUCAUUCAGACUGGCCAUGCUAUUUUUGAGAUUAAGUUUGGGCAGAAAGCACAAGUUCUGUUUUUCUACAAUUAAAAAUAUGGAGGGAAAAUUUGAAACUAAUGAAGAGAGAAACUGAAGCAUUAAGAGACAGCAUUUACAAGGAUCAUUUGAAAAUUAUGGAUAACAUGUUGUUUCUAUGUUUUAAGAUGAGUAAAGAGACUCAGCUGUCCAGUUAUAUCUGAAACAAAAUUUUGUUUUAUGAGAAUCUUGGAGAGCAGUUUAGAGUUAAAUCAUUGCAUUUCAUGAAUUCUAGACAGUUUCAGAUCCUAUAGUUUUGUGCAGUAAUACCUAACAACCUUUUUAGAAGUAAUUUAGAGAUUAAAUACCCCUGUUUCCUUCCUCAAUGUGACUACUGCAUACUUUCAUCUGUGCUGGACAUGGUUUACAUGUUCUAUGGAUAUUCAAAUGUGGCUCUACUACCUAAAUUACACAUGUAGGUACUAUCUUUUGCCUUUCCUUCCAGGAGAGUUCUUUAGGCCUUAGCAAGGCAGAAGAGCUGUCUUAGGGGAAAAGAAGCAUUUUGAUAUUCAGAAAAGGGAUCUGCGGACUGGGGAAAAGUACCUGGAGAUGAUGGGGAGAGAUGGACAGAAUCCUCUAAGAACAUUGCAGCUCUGUUGUUUCUGGAUUAUUCUAAAUAUCCUCUGAAACAAUAAGUGGACUUUCAUAUUUGUUGAACAUAAUUGUGUGAGAGAACACUUCUCUGACAUUUUUAACUGUGGUGACAGUGAAAAUGCCUUAUAUAAAGAAGACAUCUGGAAAAAGAGCUCCUGCGAAGAGGAAGCUUGCAGAAGAAUUUGCUCCAGGAGAGGUGUUAACAGAUACAUCAAAAAAAGAGUGGAAAUUAGGCAUGCAUAUAGGGCAAGGUGGCUUUGGACGUUUAUAUCUUGCUGAUGUUAAUUCUUCAAAAUCGGUUGGCAGUGAUGCAUCUUAUGUUGUAAAAGUGGAACCCAGCCAGAAUGGACCUCUUUUUUCUGAAUUAAAGUUCUACAUGCGAGCUGCCAAACCAGAGCAAAUUCAGAAAUGGACUAAAUCCCAUAAACUGAAAUAUCUAGGCGUACCAAGGUAUUGGGGGUCUGGGUUGCAUCAAAAGAAUGGAAACAGCUAUAGGUUUAUGGUAAUGGACCGAUUUGGGAGAGAUCUGCAGAAAAUAUAUGAAGAAAAUUCAAAGCGUUUUGCACAUAAAACUGUGUUACAGUUUGGCUUAAGAAUACUUGAUAUUCUGGAAUAUAUCCAUGAAUAUGAAUAUGUGCAUGGAGACAUCAAGGCCUCAAAUAUUCUCCUGAAUUACAAGAAUCCAAAUCAGGUGUACUUGGUUGAUUAUGGCCUUGCAUAUCGAUACUGUCCAGAAGGAGUUCACAAAGAAUAUAAAGAAGACCCAAAAAGAUGUCAUGAUGGGACUAUUGAAUAUACUAGUAUUGAUGCACAUAAGGGUGUGGCUCCAUCAAGACGUGGUGACUUGGAAAUUCUAGGCUACUGUAUGAUUCAUUGGCUCAGUGGCCAUCUACCAUGGGAGGACAAUUUGAAAGACCCCAACUAUGUCAGAGAUUCAAAAAUCAGAUACAGAGAGAAUAUUGCGGACUUGAUGGAAAAGUGCUUUCUUGGGGAAAAUAAGCCAGAUGAAAUAGCCAAAUACAUGGAAAAGGUGAAGUUAUUGAGCUAUGAAGAUAAACCUUUUUAUCAGCAUUUCCGAGAAAUACUUCUACAAGGGCUCAAGGCCAUUGGUCAACGGGAUGAUGGAAUAUUGGACAUUGGUUUGUCAGAGAAUGGAGACUUGCAAACAAAGCCCAUACAAAAGAGGAAGAGAAAGGCAGCAGCAGCAACAGCCACAGCAGAAGAAAGCACUGAAAAGGAUGUAGAAGAUGCAGGAAGUCCAAAACAGAAGAGACGUCCUCCUUCUAAGUCAGGAGCAACCAAAACAAAGGCGAUCUCACCGAUAACUAAGAAAAACCCAAGAACUAAAAAGAGAGUCCAGAAGUAGAUGAACCAAAAUAACGUGUUCUUUUGUCCAACUAUUCUUUGUUCAAUUCCUGUAGCACUGGAAUUUUUCUUUCCUUUUUUUUAAACAUUCAGUUAUUUUACAGGAUUUGUAUGACAACUGCUGAAGUUUGUACCUGCUUUUGAAGAAUAAAUGUUUUAAUAAAAUA